CUCACCGCCAAUAACGUUACAACCGUGUGGUGAAGCCCGUUUCUAAACAAGCAGCUUCACCGCGUUUCGACCACCUACGUAUAAAUUGCGUCCGCGAGUUUUCAGCCAUCGCUUCGAUCCUCUACGCCGACUACAUCAACAUCCUCGGCCGCUGCAUACGCCGCACAGAUCGGCGCUGUACCUACGACACCUCGACGCUCAUCAACGACCACCGCGAUCAACACUCUCAACAUGUACUCUAACGAUCCAAGCACAGGUAACCAUUCCCUCUUCGCCCCCUCCAUGGGACGGCAAGUCUCUUCUGCCCUUCCCUCUUCAGCCUUCCCUCCUCUUCCGGGCACGAAGUUCAAGCUCAAUCCGCGCGCUCCACCGUUUAUCCCUAGAGCCCUCGUCCACCCGCCGACCGCUGUAUCGCCCACCAAGUCCGACAUGAGUUUGGCCUCGACUGUCGUCUCCCCCGCGCUUCUCCCGGAUUGGCGCCCGUUCGCACCCCGUGUGCCUGUCACGGACCCCUACGGCGCCGGCAUCUUCGCGCACCCCGGUCCCGCUGCUCCUGCUGUGCUCGCGCAGGCUAGCCGAUUCCCGAUGGGAGGUGGUCCCUGGAAUAUCCCACACCCCUACGGCUGGGCCCAGCCUUUCUUCGCGACCGCGCCCCAGCACCUGGCGUAUGGCGGCACCAUCAACGACGGCUUCUCCGGCGCCCGCAAGGGCAAGAAGAAGGGCAGCAAGGGCAAGGGCAAGAGGCCUGCCUGGUGAAGUUGCAGCACGGCGGCGGAAUUCUGGCGGUCUGAGUUUGUGUGUGGGGGACUAGCAUUUGUGGACAAGGCGGAUGAAAUUGGCAUUUUCUGAGUCGUCUCGGCUUCGCAUGCUUGGGUGGGAAUAGU